AUGCGUACCUACGACGAUUCUUUCAGCGGUCAGAAGAUCUACCCUGGAAAGGGUAAGCUGUUCGUCCGUGGCGACAGCAAGAUCUUCCGCUUCCAGAACGGAAAGUCCGAGUCGCUUUUCCUCCAGCGCAAGAACCCUCGCCGGAUAUCCUGGACUGUCCUCUACCGUCGCCAGCACAAGAAGGGCAUCUCUGAAGAAGUUGCUAAGAAGCGCACUCGCCGUGUCGUGAAGUCCCAGCGUGCCAUUGUCGGUGCCUCUCUCGAUGUGAUCAAGGAGCGCCGCAACCAGCGCCCCGAGGCCCGUGCCGCCGCUCGCCAGGACGCUAUCAAGCAGGCCAAGGAGAAGAAGGCCGCUUCCGAGAGCGCUAAGAAGGCUGACAAGGCCAAGUCCGCCGCCGGUGCCGCCAAGGGUGGUGCUAAGCAGGGUGGUAAG